AUGGCGCCUCCUCGAGCUCCGCCUCCCGCUCCUACAGCGAAGUGGCUCGCUCCCCACCGCGCGCCCACACCCCCACCCCGACGGCGCCGCCGCAGCCCGCGGCUGCCACGACGGCCGAGGCCCGCCGGACCCCCGCCGCCACCACCGCCGCGCGCCCCGGACCUCGCUCCGAAGUUCACCGCGCCUCCAACACCGCGCCGCGUGGACCGGAUGCCGAUGGUUGGGAAAAGCCCGGCGCAAGAACCACCGGCGCCGCCGCCCGGCCCCGGCCGCGUUGGAGCCCAGCAGCGCGAGCGUAGUCCCUCGCCGGAGCUAGAGGCGGGGCUCGCUCCGCUGCCUCGAGGCCGGCCACUCCGUGCGCGAUCGCCCGAACGAGAUUCGCCGCCGCAGUGCCUCCUUUCGAGCCACGGCACUCGCGGCCGCACACCGGAGCAGCGCGCCCACGACCGCGCUCGCGCAAGGCUGAUGGUCCAGGGCGGCGUCCCCGGGACGGCCGACGCGCGUCCAGCUGCACGCAACCCACCCCCGCCGCCGCCGCCUACACACGCGUCGCCUACACAUGCUCCCCCUGGCGCCGCCGCUGCGCCCUCCACCGACCCCGACGAGCCGGUUCGAGUCAUAAUCUCCCGCUCGGUCGAGAUCGAGGAAUCGGAGAGGAUGCUCUAG